AUGGACAAACUGCAUGAGACGUUGAUAAACAUGGAAGAUGCUUUGGGUUCAGAACACUCUGUCUGCUUAUCAUCCUGGGACUGGAAAAGCACCACUGGGUCUUUUGAGCUGCACCCCCUCUCAUCUCCACACAGCUUAUCCCCGACGCCCUCCUUUGAAUCCUACUCCUCAUCCCCUUGCCCGACGGCAGUGGAGACCCCCUACAGCAGCAGCAGUGGCAGCCUCAUGGGCUACAGCCUGGUGGACUUCCCCCCUGCCUACCUGCCCAGCCCCGGGCAGGCUCGGAUGCCCAAGGGCACCAAGGUGCGGAUGUCUGCCCAGCGCAGGAGGAAGGCCAGCGAGAGGGAGAAGCUGCGGAUGAGGACCCUGGCUGAUGCACUCCAUACGCUGCGCAACUACCUGCCCCCCAUCUACAGCCAGAGGGGACAGCCCCUCACCAAGAUACAAACCCUGAAGUACACCAUCAAGUACAUCAGCGAACUGACGGAGCUCCUCAACAGUGCCAAGCGGGUGUAG